GGAUUUGACAUCUUACCAGUGUUGAAGAGGAAACUUUGUAUUGUUCAAAAUCACCAAAAUCUUCCAUUGUGUUAUAUUAUAAUCAUUUGCAUGAUCAGGAAAGUUGGUCACAAUUGUAUUUAAUGAGUACAAACAAAAUAUUUUUUCAAAAUAUGGCAGAAACCGAGAGACACUAACCAAACAUCUGAUCAGCUGUUGAUCACAUUUUUUUAUUUUCAAAUGAGUUAAGUUUCACAACAAGAAAAAAUGAAUCGAAUCGACCGAAUGAUAGGUUUCUUCGUAUGCAUAGGCAUGGGACUCAUAUGUUUCAUCCUUGCUGGUUUCUAUCUACCCUUUAUAGUUUUCAAAGCACGUAAAUUUUGCUUACUUUUUACACUAGGAAGUAUUUUAUGGGCACUCAGUCUUGCGUUUGUCAAUGGACCAGCUGAACAUUUUAAAACCAUAUUUUCAGCCGAAAAAAUAAUAUUCACUAUAACUUAUAUUGUAUCCUUACUAACAACUGUAUACGUUGCGGCCUUCAUGAAGAGUACUAUUCUCACUGUAAUUUUCUCAAUCAUUCAAAUACUCUCAUUAGUGUGGUACAUCUCGGGAAGUUUUCCUGGAGGAGCCUCAGGAAUAUUUUUUUUUACAAAAGGAUUCUCAAGAAUAGCCUCCCAAACUUUACCUGUUUAGUGAUAAAACACAAAAUCCCGUUUAAUUAUAAGUCUACGAAAUUUUAUUGCCAAGUUCCUAUCAAUCUUCAAACGAACUUUAUCCGACUUCUAAGUGUCUCCUUUCCGCUUGGUAUCCAUGGUAGGCUGGUUUGUUAAAAAUUGUUGCCAAUAUAUGGGUUUUGUGUUAAUAGAUUUUUUAACCGAAAUGACUGCUGAAUUAAAAUAUCAGAUGACCGAUUCUGGUGAUGCUUUCUCAUUGUUCAGAAAAGAUGGUGGUGGUAAAAUCAAUGUCAAAGAGUUUGGUGCUGUAAUGAAAAGCUUUAGAAUGGUCGAUUAACAAAUAACAAUUCUUGAACAUACGGACAUCCCAAAAUUUUUAAAGUUAUGAACAAUCAUUGAAAACUGUAUGAAAUCAUUCAACUUAAAGUCAGUGGGUAAUAAGAAGAUUGAUAGCUAAAAGAAGGAAGUUUAUUUAUUGAGAUGUGAAUGGUGCUGGGCGAAAAGUUGCUCUAAAUCCACUGAAAACAUUUAAAAAACUAAAAUAUUUUUCUUUGUAUAUUAUCAUUCAACCUACUCAAAUUUGAUCAAUUUUUAUUCUAUUUAUUUUCAUUGGUUAUUAAAUCAACUACUAUCCUUUAA